AGCAGAGGAAUACUGAGAGAUCAGAAGGAGAAGAACAGAGAGAGGGAAGUGUGAGGCAAUGAGGAAAGAAAAAGUAAAGAAGGGAGAAAACACUCCACCGAUCCAAAGUAGGUUAGGCUAUGUUUUUUUUCAUGUCAAUUUUUUUCUUCCUAGAGGAAGAAAUCCACUUGCUGACUACAGGGGACUUCCCGGCAGGGAACCCAGAAGUUCUGAGCAGCAGUUUCCCAAUCUAUGAUUAGAAGUCCCCGCCUCCCGAACUAAGGAAAUUAGUAGUUUCAUUUUCAAGCCUGUGCUCUCCUCAAGGCAGCAGGAAGGGACUGAGGCUGUUACCUAUGGCUGAAGUCAAACAAAAAAAAAACCCACUGAAGAUUUUGGAAUCUAUGGGAAAAGAACUCAUUACUGGAGUUUUGGAUGAUUUGGUGGAAAAAGAUGUUCUGAAACUGGAAGAAGAGGAGAAGAAAAAUAUUUAUGAUGCCAAACUUCAAGACAAGGCCCGGAUCUUGAUGGACUCUGUGCUACAGAAACGCCAUGAGGCAAGUCAAGUCUUUGUUAAAACCUUCCUUAACAUGGACAAAAAUUCCACCAGCAUACAAGCUCCCGAGAAAAUCAUGGCUGGACCAGAUGAGUCAGAAGAAUCUACUGAUACCCUCAAGCUUUGCCCUCAUGAAGAAUUCCUGAAACUGUGUAAAGAAAGGACUGGAGAGAUCUAUCCAAUAAAAAAUAAAAAUGACCGCACUCGUCUGGCUCUCAUCAUAUGCAAUACAAAGUUUGAUCAUCUUCCUCUCAGGAAUGGGGCUGACCUCGACAUUAAGGGAAUGAAGGGGCUGCUUGAGGGCCUUGGCUACAGUGUAGUUGUGGAAGAGAAACUCACGGCCGAGGAGAUGGAAUCGGUGCUGUGGGGGUUUGCUGCCCGCCAAGAGCACAAGUCUUCAGACAGCACAUUCUUAGUGUUCAUGUCUCAUGGCAUCCUGGAUGGGAUCUGUGGGACUAUGCAUAGUGAUAAAAAACCAGAUGUGCUACAUUAUGACACCAUCUUCAAGAUAUUCAACAACCGCAACUGCCUCGGUCUGAAGGACAAACCUAAGGUCAUCAUUGUCCAGGCCUGCAGAGGUGCAAAUCGUGGAGAAGUGUGGGUCAGUGACUCUCCAGCAACCUUGGCAGACAGCUCUUCAGAGUCACCUGAGGACCUGGAGGAGGAUGCCGUUUACAAGACCCACGUGGAGAAGGACUUCAUCGCUUUUUGCUCUUCAACACCACAUAAUGUGUCCUGGAGAGAUGUCACAAAGGGUUCUCUCUUCAUCACACAACUCAUCACUUGCUUCCAAAAAUAUGCUUGGCGCUGUCACCUAGAGGAAGUAUUUAGGAAGGUACAACAAUCAUUUGAAACACCAAACGUUAAAGCCCAGAUGCCCACCAUUGAACGACUCUCCAUGACAAGAUAUUUCUACCUCUUUCCUGGCAAUUGAGAAAAAAAAUCACAGACAGUCUAGCCCUUUACCAACUUCAAGAAGCACCAUUACCAGCACAGCACAUAUGUUUAACAUUUUGUCUUUCAGUGUAAAUGAAAAACAAUGGUUUUUUUUUUUUUGGGUCUUCUAAUAGAGAAGAGAAUUUCAAUUAAAAUGAUGGAUGAUGGAAAUGAAGUGGAAGAAGUGAGCUGGAUUUUUCUGAUUAUGACAUAAUAUCUGCACUUUACUGAGUGAAGGGAACUGGCCGUGGCUUGCUCUCAGCAACAAGAAGGAGAUGGUACCCAUCUAGAGACAAGAAUUAUAAACCGAUCAGCUCCUCCUUGUGCACUCAUCUAACCUGGGGUCUAGAAUUGUCCAAAAGAAGUUUUCUAAUUUAUUAUUUAGCCAACAUCAUAGCUGGAGCUCUUUUUUUUCUUCACUAAGUUAUUAUGCUUUUAGCAAAUUAUACUAUGUAUCUAUCUUUCUUCCUACCUAUAAGAUAAUUCACUUUCUUGUUGCUUAUUUUCUUUCCAAUUUAUGCAUAUUUCCAAGCUUCAGGAGAAUUUUUUACUUAGCAAACACUGGGUCAUUGUCCAAAAUAAAUUGGGCUUCUGAUUCAAGAUGGUGUAACCUCAGUGUAUCUGUAUAGAAAGAAAAGUAUUAUUAAUAAAGAAUAGCCAAAAUGGCAGUGUCAACAGUGGGAGACAGGAUGUUAAAAUUUCUGGAAAGGUGAAAUUUCUAGAGGAAUUUUGGCAACAUGGCCUUCUGAGUUACUAAGUAAUGAAAUGUACCACUUCUGCUACAUACACAGAAUGCUGAAUAAAUAUUUUAGUACGUGCUAAACUGCAUUAAACAUAAAAUGAUUCUCUAUGUGUCAAAUAUAACCAUAAUAGUUAAUAUUCAUUACUGUGUGUCAGGAUUAUUUCAAGAAUUUUUAUUACUCUAAGGGACUUUGAAUAAAUAAGUAGCUACUUUAACCUUCACAACAGCCCUGCAACGUAAUCACUAUCAAUAUCCCCAUCUUACAGAUAAUGAAACUAAAGAAAAUAGAGCCUAAGUGAUGUGCCCAAAGUCACACAGUUAGUACGUGGUUGCACCGGCAUUUGAAUGCAGUCUGACUUGCUCUGCAAUCUGAGAUGUUAACCACUGUACUGCAUUGCCUCCCCAAGGCAAGGAGAGAAUGAAAUUGUAUACGUUUUAAAUUGUAAGGGUUGGGGUUUCCGUCGUGGCUCAGUGGAAAUAAAUCUGACUGGUAUUCAUGAGGA